CAAAGAUCAUACCAAAUGCCCCAGCAAUAUGCCAAAUUCCUCUCUAUUGGAAUGUAAAGCACGAAAUGGAGAUAAUAUGCAUUGUCUUAAAUUUCAUGGGUCCAAAGGCACCAAUAAUUUGCACCUAGCUGCUGCAUCUUUCCAUGUGGUGGGGUUUUAACAUCUUAACCCAACAUAUAGAUUUUCAACAUCUUUUCUUGCUCCUGUUCUGAAAUUAUCUAACUAGUUUCUUAUAGUUUUCUAUUUGAAUAUAAGUUAUUUCUAUUUGAUUAAAACGCAAAAAAAAGAAAUGUAUGUUGCUAGGGCUCGUUCUGAGUAUAUCAAGAACCCAGAAGCUCUUUCAGAGCUCCCUGAUGGUCCAAAUUCAGGAUACUUGGUAAUCCAAGAUGGAGAAGAUUCAUCAGAGACUUCUUGCUCAGGGUUGUGCCUGAAUCUUCGCCUGAAAAGUUUGCCUUUUCCUCAGAACAUUAAGUUGGGUCUCCGUUCUGAUCUACUGAUUACUUGUGAUAUCCCACAAUCUUCUUUGGAGAACAUUAUCCUGAUCCCAGUUCUUAAUCUCCCCUUAUCUUCCAAAACCUACUAUGCUGUCAUCCCAAAUGGAGAAUACCAAGGACAAGCUUUUACUUGCUCAAGGGAAAGUGAUAUGACAACCUGCUGUUUCUGGCGCUGUUUUAAUGGCAGCCCACCAAAGCCAUUUGAUCCAAGAAACAUUUAUCAACAAUUCCAAGUGUAUGAAGCAUCCAAAUUCAGUUACAAUUGUUACUUUCGUGCCAGAUCAGUGGCACCUGAUGGUAUUAUUCCCUACUUCAUGCAAAGAGGAGGGUGGGAUAUUUGGACUGGAUUUCCACUGGAGUAUAAAUUAGAUGAAUCUGCAAGUGGCCUGAAUGCCUCUCUUCGUGCUCGCCGGCCGGAUUUCAAUUUCCGGCCAUCAAACAGGACUUCCAAGGCCGUCGUAGUGGGGAAAUGGUAUAGUCCAUUUAUGUUUGUCAAGGAUGGAAAAGUGAGUGAUCAGGUGAAUAGAUCACGUUAUUAUCAGGUGACAUUAGAGCAAAAGUGGGAACAGAUAAUUUCGAGCCGAAAUCAUCAUCGGGAGGGGAAAUCUGUGAGUGUUGAUGUCAUCCUGGAUCGAGAAACUGUAUAUGUUGCUGGAAACAGAGCUGAUAAUUGGGAUGAGGGUAAUGCAGUUGAAGGGGCAAUACUGUUGAGGAGUUUUGGGAAAGCUGAAGAAGGAAGGGAAGCAACUGUUGUGGGGCUAAGUGUGGAAUUAGUCCAGAGAAUUAAAUGGGAGCAAGAAAGAGGUGGAUGGGAAGGUGGGAAAGAAAGGCAAGUAAAGGUGGAGAGAACAGAGGAAUUUGAAGGAGAUGGUGAUUGGAAUGAGUUUGGAUGCUUUGUGCUGGUUGAAAGCUUUGUGAUCAGGAGAAUGGAUGGAACAGUUGUGAUGACUUGGGAUUUUAGGCACACUCAACACAUUCAAAGCAUAUGGGAGUAAGUAUAAUAUUCUUGCAGGUACGAUGAAGGGGCAAUAUUGUUUAAGAACUUCCAUUUGCAACAUCAGUUUGCGAGUUAAAAAGGCAAGAAAAAGCUAGCUCUACAAAAUGUGACUUACAGGGGUUUGAAGGGGGAUUGAAAUGGUACCUUUUCUGUAAGAGAAAUUACACUACAAAUCACUUGAUCAGAACAUCCACGGAAUUCAAAUAAACGUAGUACAAUAUGGUAAGAUCAACAUUGUUAAUCUGUAAACUUUAGGAAGCUGGAUAAAACUACUUUGAAGUUAGGAACAGCCUAACAGGUAUUAGAUUGCUUAGAACUGAGCCCUGGCUGAUGCGAAAGCGUUAAAGCGAAUUCAGUGCUGAAAACGCAUCUUUCCGCACAAUUCUUAGCCGCUUCACACAUUCCAUGAAUUCCCUGUUCAAAUUAAUAUUAGUGGCAGAAGCAAUAAGUUUUUCCUGUUUGAUCAUACAUUUCCAUCAGACCAAAAUUGCAGAAAGAAAUGGAGGAAAAGUGAUUAGUAUGAGUAGCUGCUCCAACUGUUUUAGUUCCACAUUGUGAAAAAAGCUGUGAAAUGAAAUUUGAGAAUUGAUUUGGAACUUCCAAGACAGAAUUAAGGCUAUAUGAGUGAUGUACUGUAGAUGAUUCAAAAUUUAUAUGACUUACUUCCAAGGAACAUCACCAACAACUCUCCACUGCUCCUUUGUGUCCUUAUAUAGCAACGAAAAUUCAGAUACAGCUUCAAACAGCCGAAGACCUGAUACAGAUUGCUUCCCUGAUAACAAGCAAAAAUUAUGAUCAGAAGAUCAAAUAUUGAAGAUAAAUACAAUUAGUUUCAGACAGGACAGAGUUGUGCACAUAUAUACCAAACAUUUCUUCAAGCUGAAGUGCAAGUGUUGAAUAGCCCGAAUGAUCAAGGAUGCAAAUCUUCCUCCCAACAACUAUUCCAUCCAUAUUCACUUUCACAUGAUAUGACCAACGCCGUUUGCUUUGAAUCCCCUCGGCUUCCUCGUCGUAAUAAGUUGCUGCAUUAAUAUUGGUUUGAAGAUGUUCAUGAUCAGUCUUUGAAUUUCUCAACUGGGGAUGAAGCUGGUUCCAAUCCAAAAGGUCUUCAAAUUCAUCUGUUGUGUUACAUCAACAAAAAGGAGUAGACUUUGUUCAUUAGCUACCAACUUAAAACUUAAAAGAGAGUGACUACAAUGUAAGCAUGCAUUAGGUAACCACAUAAAAUGCACUCUCAUGCAUGCAAACAAAGAAAUAGGAACCUAAAGGAACACAUUUUCUUAGACCAUCAUUAUUCAGCAAUCAAAUUCAC